ACGUCUCAGGCGGACUGUAACUCGGUGGGUUUUACUUCGCAAUCCCCCGUGAGGCUCAUGCGGUGAAGCUGGGCAACGAUGCGUCCAUUUCUCAAAAUGUGAGCGUCAAGCCAGGGCUCAGUUUAUUCUCUAACAUUCAACGCCACCCGGACGUGUGCUCAAGACGAGCACAAUUUGUUUUUUUUUUUUCUUUUUAACCCCAACAAAUACUGAGUGACCUCGUAAAGGGCAGUUCUAACGCUUGUUUUUUCAUUUACGAUACUUCGCAGUACUCCGAAAGCAGGCUCCCUUUCAUUCGCAGCAACAUAUCUUUAUUCCAAACACGCUUUUAAUAGAACAGGAUAAAAGCUAAAAACGGAGUAGUGCCAAACUCAACGGUCAGAGAGUCCUGUCGACCAAGAGCAGAAACCGUAUCCGACCACCACCGCCUUGUGAUCGGUCGUGCUCGAGAUUGAUUCUGGGCCGUAAUUUGGAGAGAAAAUCACGAAAAGACAAGCACCAGAGAAAACACUGCAAAAAUUUUAUCCUCCUCAGAAAGUGGGUUUUUCCCUAUGCGAAAAAGAAAUCGACUGAAAGGUCCUCGGAACUGAGAAAUCCGAGGAGCAGAGGAGAAUAUAUUUCCCACCCAAGGACUAGUAAGUUGGUAAUUGAAUACUAUAAUGGAUGAUAAAUACAACAUUGAGGCUGCUGAAAUUCUUGCCAACAAUGCCCUGCAUUUGCCAAUUACGCAGGCAGCACCAAUAUAUGAACAGCUUUUGUCAGUCUUUCCCACCGCUGCAAAGUAUUGGAAGCAGUAUGUGGAGGCAAAUAUGUUAGUUAAUAAUGAUGAUGCUACCAAACAAAUAUUUAGCCGAUGCUUAUUGAAUUGUCUUCAAGUUCCCCUUUGGCAAUGCUACAUUCGAUUUAUCAGGAAGGUUAAUGAAAAGAAGGGCGUAGAGGGUCAAGAAGAGACCAGAAAAGCUUUUGAUUUUAUGCUCAACUAUGUUGGAGUGGAUAUAGCAUCUGGGCCUGUAUGGAUGGAGUAUAUCACCUUCUUAAAAUUAUUACCGGCUACAAGCCCUCAGGAAGAGUCACAACGGAUGACUGCAGUUCGGAAGGCUUACCAAAAAGCUAUUCUUACUCCAACCCAUCACAUUGAACAACUAUGGAAGGAGUAUGAGAAUUUUGAAAAUUCUGUCAGCCGUCAAUUGGCAAAAGGACUUAUAUCUGAAUAUCAACCGAAGUAUAACAGUGCUAGGGCUGUAUAUAGGGAACGAAAGAAAUACGUAGAUGAAAUUGACUGGAAUAUGCUUGCAGUACCUCCAACUGGCUCUUCCAAGGAAGAGCAACAAUGGAUGGCAUGGAAGAGGCUUCUAAGCUUUGAAAAGGGAAACCCUCAAAGGAUAGAUGCUGCAUCCUCUAACAAGCGAAUUAUAUUCACCUAUGAACAGUGUCUGAUGUAUUUAUACCAUUAUCCUGAUAUGUGGUACAACUAUGCUACAUGGCAUGCAAAAAGUGGUUCCACAGAGGCUGCAAUCAAGGUUUUUCAGCGAGCAGUGAAGGCCCUUCCAGACUCAGAUAUGCUGAAGUAUGCCUAUGCAGAGCUGGAGGAAUCCCGUGGAGCGAUCCAAUCUGCGAAGAAAUUAUAUGAAAGCCUCUUGGGUGAUGGUGUUAAUACUACUGCACUAGCACAUAUACAAUUUAUUCGUUUUCUUAGGAGGAAUGAAGGUGUUGAAGCAGCUCGCAAGUAUUUCUUAGAUGCUCGCAAAUCCCCUACUUGCACAUACCAUGUUUAUGUUGCCUAUGCUUUGAUGGCAUUUUGUCUUGACAAGGAUCCAAAGGUUGCCCACAAUGUUUUUGAAGCAGGAUUGAAACGUUUUAUGCAUGAACCUGUAUAUGUUCUUGAAUAUGCAGAUUUCUUGUCUCGUUUGAAUGAUGAUAGAAAUAUCCGGGCUUUAUUUGAGCGAGCAUUAAGUUCCCUGCCACCAGAGGAAUCUGUUGAGUUUGUAAAUAGAUUCAACUGCACAAAGUUUAUAGAUGGAAGUGUUGUAUAUAUGAUCCAAAGGUAUUAUUUGUUAAAAUCCCCUACUUGCACAUACCAUGUUUAUGUUGCCUAUGCUUUGAUGGCAUUUUGUCUUGACAAGGAUCCAAAGGUUGCCCACAAUGUUUUUGAAGCAGGAUUGAAACGUUUUAUGCAUGAACCUGUAUAUGUUCUUGAAUAUGCAGAUUUCUUGUCUCGUUUGAAUGAUGAUAGAAAUAUCCGGGCUUUAUUUGAGCGAGCAUUAAGUUCCCUGCCACCAGAGGAAUCUGUUGAGGUGUGGAAACGAUUUAGCCAAUUUGAGCAAACCUAUGGAGAUCUAGCUAGCAUGUUGAAGGUUGAGCAAAGAAGGAAGGAAGCUUUGUCUAGAACAGGUGAAGAGGGAGCUUCUCUACUAGAGAAUUCACUUCAAGAUGUUGUGUCACGAUACAGUUUCAUGGAUCUUUGGCCUUGUUCUUCAAAGGAUUUGGAUCAUUUCGCUAGGCAGGAGUGGCUUGCUAAAAACAUGACUAAGAAAGUUGAGAAACCAGCUAUCUCUAAUGGAAUUGGGAUUACAGAAAAGGAUCCAACAGUUGUGUCAAGCAAUUCAAGCAAUUCAACUUCUUCUGCUAAAGUUGUUUACCCAGAUACAUCUAAGAUGGUGGUUUAUGAUCCAAGGCAAAAUCCUGGAACUGCAAUGACUCCAAAUGCAACUUCUCCUGCAAUUCUUGUCACCUCCAACCCCUUGUCUACUCCCAUGGUUGGAACAGUGGGUGGUGGAUCAUCCAGUGCAUUCGAUGAAAUACUGAAAGCCACACCACCUGCUUUGGUAGCAUUUUUGGCAAAUUUGCCUGCUGUUGAGGGUAAUCCUUUAACUUCUAUUGCAUUUUUGCAAAGCCUAACAUGAACACUAGUCAAAACUCAAGAAUAAUUUCUAGCUCAUCUGCAUGCUUUUCUUUCUAAAUACAAAUUCUUAUAGAUUUAUAAAAUUGGAGCAUCAUGUCAAUUUUAAUUUUUCAUUUUGAUGGUCUAGAUUUUUCUUCUUGCUGUUACUUUUUGAACAGUGUGAAUCCAUGUCUUUUGAUCUGGACAUAAGAGAAAGAAAUAGUUGGCAAUCUACAAUGUUGCCCUGUGAACAGGGAAUGGCCAUUUUUGAGUGUUCUCAAGAAUAUUGUUUCUAAUAUUUCAUGCUUGUCUGUUCAUUCUCCAAUAAGACAAGUGCUGCAGUGAAAGGCAAUGAUGCAGGGAAGAUAGGGAUAGAACAAACAGAAACUAAGAACCCAUAAAAUUAAAGAUGGAACCAAUAAAACUUAGGUUUGCAACCUCAAGUUUAUUCUCAAAAUAAAGACUGAUGACAAAAGCUGAUUUAGAGAUCUAAAGAUAACUAUAUAUACUAACAGUAGCCAAGAAUUGUAAUUCAAUACCGAUUUGAACUUCUAAUAACCUACUAAUUCUAGUCCUAAUUAAAAGUCACAUGCUAUCCAUAUGACUUUCCUAAAAUUAAAACUUAGAUUCCAAAUAAAACUCAAACUUAAUGCAAAACUAACAGCCCUAAAACUAAUCAUUUAAAAGAACUCUAUGUUCCCGCAUCAGGCAAUAGGGACAUAGACGACAACAGGUUUAUAUUAGUACAUUAACAAUCAAAAUCGUUGUUUGAUGAACUCAUAGGCUGAGAGGGCUUGUAUGGACAAGCUGGAAUUUUAGUGAACUGCUAUUUCAAAUAGAGCUUUUCUAUGUGC